GGAAGCAUUAUCAUCAUCGUCGUCGUCAUCAUCGUCGUCAUCGUCGUCAGUAGCGGCAAAGUUGCCAGGUUUUUGCAGGUCAGGUUUGAGUGCAUGUGUGACAGUGUUGUCAACUCUCAUCCGCACUUUACCUGUGGUUAAAAUGGUGCAAAGUGAGGAAACAGACAGCCUGACUCACAAGAUGCCGCUGAACGCAGGAGACCCCGGCUACGGCAGCGUGUCAGGCCCCAGCUUCCCAGCCCCGGGGGGCGGACCAGUGUCCGAGACUGCGCCGCUGCUCAUCCCGGAGCCCGAGCCGGAACCGGUGGAGCAGUGGCAGCCGCUGACCAAGGAGCAGCUGGAGAUGGCAGCAGGAGGUCCGUGGUGGAGGAGGAUGCGCUGUUACCUGGUGCUGGUGUUCUGGUUGGGCUGGGUGGCCAUGCUGGCCAUCGCCGUGGCCAUCGUCGUGAUUAGCCCCAGGCCCGUGGUGACCCCGUUAAAGUGGUGGCAGAAGACCCUGUUCUUCGAGCUGCAGCCCACCACCUUCAUGGAGGCGAAGGGUGGAGCAGAGGGAAUAAAUGCUCUGUGUGAGCAGCUUCCCUUCCUCAGUUCCCUGGGUAUCGGUGCAUUAAUCCUACAAGGCCUUUUCAGCAAAGAUGCAUCUGCUUCAAAUCUCACCGCAGCUGGACGAGGCUCGGAUACGUGGCCUCAAAUCCAACAUCUACUCACUGAGAGCAACAAAGCUGGUCUCAAAGUGGUCUUGGACUUGUGUGGUCUGGAUCCAGAUGACGCAAAGAUGCAGCCAAUAAAUGCAACAAACGGAGAUCAGAAAUCAUUAAGAUUCUGGUUGGAGCAGGGUGUAGCAGGGUUUGUCAUCUGUGACACAGAUGCAGCGUAUUCAGAAAAGGUUCUUUUGGAGUGGAGAGGUGCCUUCACUGAAUUCAGCAGUAAAGAGGAAGAGGAGGAGAGGAUUCUAGUGGUCAAACAAACUCAGCGCGUUCUGCCUCCUCUGGACACUGCGGGUCAGUCCAACCAAACACUGGUGGAUGUGGUCAUGAAGUCAAUCCUCCCUCCAUCUCAGCAUCUCCUGUCUGUGCAGGAAGUGGCGGUUGCUAUAGAGACGCACCUGCAACCACGAGAUGAGAAGAUGUGGCCGAGCUGGACGGUUGGAGGUGAAAGUCCACACUAUUUGAAGAAACUGCUCUUGCUGCUGACAAUGACCCUGCCCGGUACACCUGCACUGCGGUAUGAUGAAAUCCUUGACCAGAUACAGGGCACAGAGAAGGAGAGAAGAUCAGCUGUGGCUUUCUUCACCUCUCUCAGUCGCUCCAGAGCCAGAGAGGAAGCUCUGAUGUACGGCAGCUUCACUUUCCUCCCCUUUAACACCACCAACACCAACUCCUCCUCCACCAACUCCACUCUUGCCUCUUCUCCGUCACCCCCCACCACCCUGGCCUUCCUGCGCUCCUGGGGCUGCGUCCACUUCCUCGUUCUGCUCAACAUCGGCCCCGAGCCUCACGCCCUGGAUCCUGCCUGGGCUCAGAGUUUACCUGAAGCUGGUGUGUUUGUGACCAGUACUGGACUAGAGCGCCUGGGCUCCACGUCUCUGUACUCCCUGGUGCUGCAGCCACACGAAGCUAUCGUCAUUAAACUGUUUGAGCCGGGGAGCUACUCUUAAACUUUGUGUGAUUAAAACUAUCUCAUUCAGCACAUUUUAUUUCAGGUUGUGCUUCAUUAAUAGAAAAUAAAGAAAUGAACAGUGUGUGUGGUUUUUAAUUUGCUGAUGAGGGAAAAAUGUCUCCAAUUGAAUUUGAAGUGUGGUGAAAACUAUUCAUUAAAUAUGUAGUGUGCAAACCA